GGCAGUUCUUGGUUGCAUCAAAGUUAUCCACCCAAAGAGGUCACCACCUCGGGUCAAUGAGGACUCUUGUUGACGCUCUCUUUCAUUCAUACCUAGGCACAUCUCUUAUUCCAUUAGAAACAGUGGCAUGUCAUUAUUGCAGAGAACGAUAUGACCAAAGAAAUCCACAUCUCGCAGCGGAAUUGCGAUACAGCCUAAACCCAUCCCUGAUCACCCUCAGGAUGGCAACUCAACCGAACCCAUUCCACCUUGCCCUCGGUAUUUCCAACCGUCGCACUCUGGCCGAGAUCGAAGCUGCUACCAUUGCCUCCAAUGGCUUCAAGAGGCUCCAGAGAGAGGUGGUUCCACCUGGCCCCGACCUUUCAAGAGUCUCAACAUGGUUGUCUCACCAGGACCUGCACCUAGGCGAGGAGUAUUUCGUCGAUGUAGAUGAACCCAAGACGCCUCGGUCAAACCGACACAGCCCCAUCUUCAUCUCGGAUAAUGACAACGAGUCAACGGGCCAGCUGUGUGGCCGCACUGUACGCGCUGACACGACCGUGAGGCCAGCCCAUGGAGUCCCGCCCUACACCCCCCCUUCGUCUCGGAAUUUCUCAUCUAAAGGGUUCAAGCGUAAGGUGUCCGACCUGGACGACGACGUCGAGGAUGUCAUUGUUGUGCAGCCGCCCCCCAGCGUUCGGACACGUCGACCACGGCCGACUCCCGUUAUCGACUUGACCAAGGGUGACCCCCCAAGGCGUACAAGGUCCUUUAUGGGACACAGGGACGACGAUGUCAUGAUUAUCGACCCUUCGGCGGCUGAAAUGCGUCGUGGGCUGCAGAGUUUACUCCGAGGGACGGCCGAGGGCUCUGGUAUACCGCCGGAGAAGCGGUCGAGACCGACACACUCGGAACCGGUUCUUGCCGUUGAAGAUCCAGGGCGACGGGCCGCUGAAGAGGUCCUGCGCGAGUCGGCAAACAGGAAUGAGACCGUGGCCUUGCUCCAGAGCGUCGAGUCGGUGACCCAUUUCUUCACAUUAGCAACAGAGACCCGGGACAAGAUAUACCGUCACCUACUCGUUUCGCCCAGACCUAUUCACGUCCAGCAUCUUUGGACGGGCCUUGCUCGCCGCUCCACCCGCCGCGGGGGGCGUGGUGACGGCAUCGGGGCCACCAAUAUUGACACCGGGAUUCUGACUGCGUGCCGCCGCGCUGCUGUGGAGGGUACUCGCAUCCUCUAUUCGGAGAACACCUUUCUCUACCUGUUGCGAGAUCCCGAGGUUGUCGAAGUUGCUAAUGGAGGCGGCCGGCGAAGCAAGCGGGUCGCCAAUCGCAGGGAGCAAGACAGCCGUAGCAUCAAUCUUGCCAAGUAUGGUCAUCUCAUCCGGCUCAUGACCAUCGAACUGGAGUCGAACCGCACAGCCACUUCAUACGAGAAGCUCAUGAGCGCCGCGCUCGAAACUCUCGCGCCGAAUGGUGAAGAAUCGCUUCCGUCUCCGCCCCGUCCGCUCUGCAGCUCUAUCCACCUACACACGCUGACCAUUACUAUCUCGCCGUUGAUCGAGCCCAGCCACCGCAUCGUGCGCGCCCCAGGCCCCGGGAACCAGGACUCAGUAAUCCGCGAGGGCCGCUUCCUCAGUAUGGUGGGCUUCUUCAGCCGGGGCGCGCCAGUGCUUAAGGCUCUUCAACGUCUCGACGUCGAUUUCCUGCGCAUCAACGUACAUGUCAACUCGGACCUCAAAGACGACCGUCCCGGCACAGCCAGCCCCUGGGUCGACCUAGCCAUAGACGGCGUCGACGAUUCGGACGACGAUUCGCACGACGAGUCGGACGCCUCCUCCGACGGGCCCCGACAGCCCAGGAGACGUCACCUGGAGACAACGAUUGACCUGCGCUACCUGCCCCGGCACAUGGAGGCACUCAGGCAACAGCCCGGUCCCUUGGGCCGGCUCUGGGAAAACGACGUGCUGAUGCAGGAGAAGCUCCAGGAGAAGGGCGCCGAGGCGAAAAAGACCAUGGCGAAUCUGCGCCGGCACCUCGAGGACGCGUGUCUCCGGCCGGACUUUGCGAUGCGCGGCAUCUGGGAGGACCACGGGGCUGCCGAGCGGAGGCGUCGGGAGCAGCGAGCCAAGGAGGACGCGCGGUUCGAUGCGGAUGCGUAUGAUGAGACUGGGGACGAGGACGGGGAGGAGGAUAGCGAGGAUGAGGACAGGGCUGCGAGAAGGAUGAAGUCGCUGAUUAUUUCGAUUGAUCGGGUCGGCAAUGAGUUGCGGGCGUAUCGUGCUUGAGGGCAGGGAGGGCGGCGUUACGCUGGGAGGUAGGGGGUUGACUAAAACGGGGUUUGCUGGACGGCGUUUGGGGGUCGAUUAUGCUGGGAGGGGGGUAUUCUUGACAUUUGCGAUGGCAUUCGCGUUGGCGUUGAGCAACGGAUGAUAUACGGGAUCUUCCACCGAGAUAGAUAUCA